AUGCCACACUCUCCCCUGCCAGCCUCAAGGCAGAGGGUGGGCGCGAACCUGAGACCUCUAGCACUAAAGCAUAGCUCAUAUACCGCUGUUGCAUUUUUAAAACUGAUUAUAAAAGAAUUAAAGAAACUAAUCAAAAAUGUGGUUCUUGUCUCCUGGCAUGCAGACUGUGACCCGAUCCCAGUGGAGUAUCUCAGAUGGGGGGAUCCUGAACCAAUUGCAGCUGUCGUGUUUUCCUGUCUAGGUCUGCUAGCAACUUUAUUUGUGACUUUUAUAUUUAUCAUGUACCGCGACACCCCCGUGGUCAAGUCAUCCAGCCGGGAACUGUGCUACAUUAUUUUAGCAGGCAUCUGUUUGGGCUACCUAUGCACUUUCUGUCUCAUAACCAAACCUCACAUUAUAUACUGCUAUCUCCAAAGAGUUGGCAUUGGUCUGUCCCCUGCAAUGAGCUACUCCGCUUUGGUAACCAAGACUAACCGUAUAGCUCGGAUUCUUGCAGGAAGCAAGAAGAAAAUCUGCACCAAGAAACCCCGGUUCAUGAGUGCCUGUGCCCAGUUGGUGAUUUCUUUUAUAUUAAUCUGCAUCCAACUGGCUAUCAUCGUAGCUCUUUUCAUAAUGCAGCCCCCUGAAGUCAUACAUGAUUACCCCAGCAUCCGCGAAGUCAACCUAAUCUGCAACACCACUAACAUAGGGGUAGUCGCUCCUUUGGGAUACAACGGAUUGUUGAUUCUGAGCUGCACUUUCUACGCGUUCAAGACCAGGAAUGUUCCUGCCAACUUCAAUGAAGCGAAAUACAUCGCCUUCACCAUGUACACCACCUGUAUCAUAUGGCUUGCCUUCGUGCCCAUCUACUUCGGCAGCAAUUACAAAAUCAUCACCAUGUGCUUCUCUGUCAGCCUGAGUGCUACGGUGGCACUGGGCUGCAUGUUUGUGCCAAAGAUCUACAUCAUUCUGGCCAAGCCGGAGAGGAACGUACGCAGCGCUUUCACCACCUCCACUGUGGUGCGCAUGCACGUCCGUGAUGGCAAAUCGUCCUCGGCUGCCAGCCGCUCCAGCAGUUUGGUCAACCUGUGGAAAAGGAGAGGCUCCUCUGGAGAGACACUAAGCUCAAAUGGAAAAUCAGUGACCUGGGCCCAAACUGAACGAAGUAACAGAGGACACCACCUCUGGAAACGCUUGUCCAUCCACAUCAAGAAAAGAGAAAACAAUCAGACCGCAAUCAUCAAACCUUUCUCCAAGGCCUCUGAAAACAAGUUUAUCUGCAACGCCACACCCGACACCAGUGCCAAAAUGUUGUAUGAAGUCUCAGAAGCCGAGGAGCACUAUCCACUUCAGUACCGGCCACAGACGCCUUCUCCUAUCUGCACUGUGAGUCAAAGAGCAUCCUCAGUGGGGCGGAAAGAAGAAGAGGCCUCAUCCUACCUUGCUGACAACCCCCAGAGGAGCAGCUCCUCCCAAGGUUCUCUGAUGGACCAGAUCAGCUGUGUAGUCAACCGUUUCACCGCCAACAUCAGUGAGUUAAACAGCAUGAUGCUUUCCACGUCCCCUCCAGGGGCUGCGGGCUCCACGACUAACUGCCCGACCUACCUGAUUCCCAGGGAGAUGCAGCUCCCCACCACCAUGACUACAUUCGCUGAGGUCCAGCCCCUCCCCGCCAUCGACGGGAACGGGCACUCACAGGGUGCCAGCAAGACUUCGUCUACCAGUAUUAAAGAUGGCACCUCAGAGUCUUCAGCAGUCAAAACGGACUUCGAAGAGCUGGUGGCUCUUACCCCUCCCUCCCCUUUUAGAGACUCCAUUGACUCUGGAAGCGCCUCGCCAACGUCUCCCGUCUCUGAGUCGGCACUCUGCAUCCCCUCAUCGCCUAAGUAUGAUACGCUUGUGCUGAGGGAUUACAGUCAGAGCUCCUCUUCGCUGUGAACAGACAUGGAAAAGGAAAAGCGAAUACAGUGUAAGGUUCUCUGAAUCUUUAACGUACUGUAUGGCAAAAUGAAAGAAAAACUAUGUUUCCAUGGAUUUGGAUUCGGUAGUGGAAAUAGAAAAAGCACUGAAGUGAUGAUAUGAAAUACUUCUGGUGAAACAACUGAUGAACAUAUUUAUUUGAAAUGUGGGGUGUUCAAAGGAAACAUGACUUUGUAGUAUAUUUUUUGUGGUUUUAAUUUGGCAGUGGCCUUAAAAAACAUGGGCUUUCAACUAAUUAGGGCUGUCCAAAUUCUGGCACUAAUGGAACAUUUCAGUUUGUAUUUCAAUUGGGCUUAGAAUAUAUUUUUUUGUAUUGUUUUGUUAACUGAUGUACAUAAAAAAGCUACAGGCAAUACAAAAUGUCAGAGGUUGAGUGCUGUCUUUUUUUACUGGAAAAUACAGGUUUCAGGGGAGUGGAUCUACAAAAAAACUAGAUUGGAAUGCUCUUUGGUGUUAGAUUUGGUCAGCUUUGCAAAUAAUGUAAAUAUAAACAAAUUUGGGAGGCUGUAGCGGCAAAUUAUCAAACCCGCUAUAAAAAAGUGCUUUGCUUUACUACCAUGACAUAUUAAAUGUAUAUAUAGACGACUGUGUAAUUCAAAGUAUAUUUGUUUGUUUGUCUUUUUUCCCCAAAAGCGAACUUCGUAUUUUCUUAAAAGUUGGAAUGUAUAUUUUCUAAAUAGUGACACAUAAUAUGGGACCAAAACAAUCUUGAGACUUUGCUUUCAGAAAUAUUUGGAAGAUAUUAAUUACAUUGACAAUGGAUCCUAAUAAUACAGAAUGGUAAAGUAAAAAGAAACAAAGCCAAGCAAGGAAAAUGUGUUGAUGGGAACAAUGAAAUAGCAAUUCCUAGUAAUGAUGGCUUUACAGUGUCCAUGUUGUGGAAUCACAGAGAAAAGAAUAAAGAACAGUUGCAGUAUAGGAGACAUUCCCCUCUAUGCCUUGCAUCUGUCAGUGCUCUUUUUUUAAAAUCCAUUUUAAGACAGUCACUUCAUUUCCCAGUGCAAAUAUUUUGCAUAUGAAAGACAUGUUUUAUCUUACCUCUGUGAUAAACCAACUGUAAACUGGAUAACUAGUGUCCAGAGAAAAGGUAGACUGUGCUUUAUAGUGAUGGAAUAAUCCACAAAUGUGAAUGGUCUGAUAGUGAACAUAAUUUGUUCACCAAGAUGCCAGUAAAUACAGUAUUAAAACAUUUUU